AUGUUGUUCAACAAGCUGUUUAAGAAGAAAACGGAGCUGGAGGUGGACGUGUACUUGAUAAAGGACGAGCAGUGUACCCCACAUAUGCUUGACUGCAAAUUGUACAUUAACAACAGGGGGAAGGGGAGUGAUGACCAGGUGGUCAUAUGGAACAGCUCGAAAAAACUUACCCUUAAUGAAGACUCCAUACACGAUUUCAAGUACCAUGAGCUAGACAUGUGCCAAUUUAAAUACAUGAAAAAUGGAGUAGUGGAAGAGUACGGAUUGGUAUUUUCAAAGGUCGAAAACAUGUAUUACUUUUUUAAGUACAUUAUGCUAUCCUAUUUGAAGGGGAAUAUUGUUUUGUGUAGAAGGGUCAAUCUGUUUAAAUAUGAGGAGCCGGUGAAGGUACUCUAUAAGAAGGACCAUCUGGGCCUGUUAGCAUUUAACACAGCCAAGUAUGAACACCUGUUGGUUAUUCUUGCCCCGGAGAAGUCCCCACUUGCCCAAGAGGAGCGUAGCAGGCAGGACGUGGCGUGCGCACACCUGUAUGAAGAACUCACCAUGGACAAUGUGAGGGAGCUGUAUAAAAGGAAUCGAGUUGUUCUCAUUUAUGUUUUGAAUUCCUUCAAUGACAUUUAUCUGAGCAGGGAGUCCAUCGGGAUCCACGUGCACAGGUACUUGGUCAACAGCCUGUUCAGGUUCUUCGAGUACAAGGCUCUGUAUGAGGGCGGAGACCGCUACGCGGAGUACUUCGCUGAGGAGGCGUCCGGACAAGCACUCACGGGGGAAGGAUCACUCAAGAGGGAAGAAGCAAACGUGGUGGUACUAGCAGACUGUUCCCCAGGGAAUCUUCAAACCGCGGACGAGGAGGACGCCUACCGGGGCAUGAAGGCAACCCCAAUUGCGGACGAUGAAUUAGGGUUAUUGGACAAGGGGGGACAACAUAGGAGUGACAAAAUGGGGAAGCGCGCGAGGGGGAAGAAGCACUUGGAAGGGCAGACACACACAGAGGGGCAGAGAGACGCGGAUGGACAGACGCACGAGGGAUUUGAGAACGAACUUGCCACGCAGCUGCACCGGAUGAGCGAAAAAUUUCUCCUCAUUCUGGAGUCGGAGGAUAUCCUGAUUGACCACAUCAGGGGGGUGCUCAUCUACAGGCAGGACUUCCAAAAUGAUAUCAUCAACAUCAAGAGGGACUUCAUGGAGACGCAAGCGACAAAGGAAGCGACAGGCGAACCGGUGGCAACCCCAACUGAGGCAGAGAUGCACACGGGGGGGUCCCCCCAGAAGGGUGGGUUCGUCCUUCUCUCCGAGUCGGACAGUUCAGUCGCGUCUGACUUGUCUGACGUGACCGAGUUGGAGAGCGCGGAGGACGGAGGGUACGCCGGACACAGGACCAGCCACACAGAUGGUAUGAAAUACAAAUUUGUGAAUACCACCGGGAAGCUCUCCUUCGUGUUGAGGCAGAAUCAUAUCCCAGAGAAAAGGAAGCGAAGAAAGGUGAAGCUCAACAGGAAAAAUGAAUCCUCAGGGAGAGAAAUGAACUACGAUGACGUACGCAACGAUUUAAACAUAUACACAUUUGACGAGUAUGGAAAAGAAAAAAAAAUUUACAACUCAGGUGAAGAAAUUUUUAAAUUUAAGAAUGAACAGUGUAUUCCAAAAAGCAUCCACGUAAAUGAUGAACAAGGGAACAAAAUACUUUUCCUUAACGAAAAAAAUGACAAGCACUUAUUCAUUUUUGAUACACAUAAAGAGAAAAUUAUAAAAAAGUGGGACACAGAAUAUGUGCCAAUAAGUGAGCUGAUCAGGAAGGAAGAAAAUGUCUACUGCGGGUACAAUAAAAAAAGUGUGUACUUUGUUGAUACGAGAAUUAAAUCGUGUGUGCAAAAUGCCUUGCUGUAUGGGAGAAACACACCAGAUAUUGAGCAUGCCACUGUGGACAACAGGGGAAGAAUUAUCUUAACCAAUAGUAAGGGCGAAAUUAAAUAUUACGAUGGAAAAAUAAAUAAAAAUAAUGUCCUUAAGAAGAGUAAAAAUGUAUUGUUGUGUGCAAAUGACAUUGUACACUUGUGUACAACGGCUGAUGGAAUUUAUUCCAUUGUGACUUGCCAAAAGAGUGUACUUAUAUCAGAGAACUGCAUUCGAAGUUGUAGCCUUUUUGAACGAGUUAUAAAAAGGGAAGAACGACUUGAACAGAAGAAGUUCCUUCUACAAAUUCAUUACGUUGAUGUUUUUACAUACAAUCUUGGGGACUACAAAUUUGAGAAGAGCACCAUCAGUAGUGACAAUACACUGUUGUUUACCUUGUCUGCCAAGUUUUACGUCGUUUGGAAUUUUAAGGAGGUCUUGAAUGGACGCAUUUCCUAUGUCAUUAAAAAGGCCGCGGAGGACAUAUCUGAUAUAUCAUACUUCAACUUUAGCGAUGUGCAGGGAGUCCUCGUCGCCACGGAGAAUUCGCUCAAGUCGAAAAAGAUCACCAACGUGUAG